AUGGGUUCAUGGGUUUCUCGAACAGAGAUAGAUUUCUCUUGCCCAAUCUGUCAAGACAUCUUCAAAAAUCCUGUUGUGCUGUCAUGUAGCCACAGCUUCUGUAAAGACUGUCUAAGGUACUGGUGGACAGACAAACUCAUUCAUGAAUGUCCAGUCUGUAAAAGAAAAUCUUCAAAAAGUGAACCACCCUCUAACUUGGUGUUAAAGAACCUGUGUGAAGCCUUCUUACAAGAACUUUCUCUACAAGAGAAAGCUUCUGCAGAGUCUGAAUCUCAUGAACAGCCUGCAUGUGUCGCCUCUCGAGAUUCCACGGCACACACCAACCACAGAUUCAGACCUGUUGAUGAGGCUACACGAGAUCACAAGGAGGAGCUCAGGAAAACCCUGAAGCCCUUACAGGACAAACUGAGGAAAUUUAAUCAAGUUAAAGUUAACUGGGAUCAAACAACAGAGCAAAUUAAGGAACAGGCCCAACAAACCGAGAGACAGAUAAGGGAGCAGUUUAAGAAGCUUCAUCAGUUUCUACAAAAGGAAGAGGAGUCCAGGAUCACUGCUCUGAGGAAGGAAGAGGAGCAGAAGAGUCACAUGAUGAAACAGAGGAUUGAGGCUCUGAGCAAAGAGAUAGCAGCUCUUUCAGAAACAAUCACAGCCACAGAGAAGGAACUGAGAGCUGCAGACGUCUCAUUUCUGCACAACUACAAGGCUGCAUUGAACAGAGUCCAGCAGCACCCCCUGCUGGAUGAUCCACAGCUGGCAUCAGGAGCUCUGAUAGAUGUGGUCAAACACCUGGGCAACCUGACCUUCAACAUCUGGAACAAGAUGAGGGACACACUCUUUUACUUUCCUAUGAUUCUAGAUCCAAACACUGCUCAUCCAAACCUCAUCGUAUCUGAAGAUCUGAGCAGUGUGAUAUUUAGGGAGGUAAAGAGAGAGCUUCCACAAAACCCAGAGAGGUUUGAAAAUUAUGUCAAAGUCCUGGGCUCUGAAGGCUUCAAUUAUGGGACUCACAGCUGGGAUGUUGCAGUUAGAAAUGAUAUAGACUGGGCAGUUGGUGUGAUCGAAUCAUCCGUCCCACGCACAGGAGACAUUCUGAGUGGAUUUUCAUCAUUAUGGUUCCGUGAUGGUAAAUACAGAGCGCACACUCCAUCAGUUACAGAUGAAGUUCUCUUUGUAGAGAAGCCUCUCCAGUUUAUCAGAAUGCAUCUGGAUUGGAACAGAGGAAAGUUGUCAUUCUUUGAUCUGGAAACUUAUACACACAUUUACACCUUCACAGAGACUUUCACUGAGAGGCUGUUUCCCUUUGUUAGCACUCUAAAUACAAAACCAUUGAACAUAUUACCAGUGGAAGUCAUUACAAAGUUAGAGAUGUAG